AUGACAUUUGCUAAGCCAUGUUCAACUCCUAUUGACACAAGUAACAAUGGGGAUGUAUCUACACCAUUUGAAGAUCCUAUUUUGUACAGAAGUGUUGUUGGUGCUCUUCUGUAUGCAACCAUCAUCAGGCCUGAUGUUGCUUUUGCUGUCAAUAAAGCAUUUCAACAUAUGCAAGCUACUACAAAGAUUCAUUGGACUGCAGUCAAGAGAAUACUACGGUAUUUGCAAGGUACUUUAGGUUAUAGUCUUCAAUUUAAACAUACUAGUCCUCUGCAAAUUCAAGCAUUUUCAGAUGCAGAUCGGGCUGGAGAUUUGACUGGUGGUAUGUCCGUUUUUCUGGGUCCUAACUUAAUCUCUUGGUGCUCUAGAAAACAGAAGACUGUCUCAAGAUGCACAUAG